AGCGCCCGGACUGAUUUUCUCAUUGCUGACCCAAUGGAUGCACCCAGUUAACCUGGCCCAGAGGGUCCUGGUUAGACCAGGAGCUAACAGUCUGUACCCCCCACGGUGGACCCGAGGCUUUGAGCCGGUGCGGCGUCGGCGCCCGCGGUCUCCGGGCCGCGGAGCGGUGCACCCUCAUCAGCCGACUCCUGUCCAGGCCCCGGAGUCGCCUGUCCGCGCGCGUCUCUUGCUGGGGAGAAGCUGAGUGGCCGCGUCCCUCCGAGGAAAGGUGUCCCAUCUCGGGACGGGCAGGCGCCCGGUGCCCGUGAUCCUUUCUCUGGGGCGGGAGAACCGCCGGCCGGGUGCCUGCUAGCCUGGCCGACCGCUGUCCUCACAGUUCUCUGUCGCAGCCCUCGGUCCCUUCGUACCCAGGUGGCGCGCCCGAAGCUGAGCGCGGGAUGGCCACCAGGUUCCGGACGUCUUCGUGUUGGGGAUUAUUGUCAUUCACGGAUGUAUCUAUGGAGUUCACCUGGGAAGAAUGGCAGCUACUGGAUUCUGCUCAGAAGUACCUGUACCAGGAUGUGAUAUUGGAAAACUAUAACAACCUAGUAUCAGUGGGAUAUCACGGUAGCAAACCUGAUUUAAUCUUCAAGUUGGAGCAAGGAGAAGAGCCGUGGACAAUAAAUGCCAAACUGUCCAGUCAGAGCUGUCCAGAAGGUUGGGAAGAAUGGUACCAGAAAAAUCAAGAUGAGCUUGAAAGUAUUGAGAAAGGUUAUGCUUGCAGUUCAUUUGGAAAACUUCAUCUGAGCACAAACCAUGUUUCUUCAAGACAAAGACUCCCUAAGUAUAACACAUAUGGAAAAAGUUUGACACAAAAUUCAGGUUCAUCCAGCACCUAUGUAAGGAAGAAUCCCGAUAAGUUUUGUGGCUAUGAAGAAUCUUAUUUUUUUAAGCAUCAAAGAGCUCAUACAGUAGAAAAAAACUGUGUAUGUAGUGAAUGUGGGAAAGCUUUUCGUUGUAGAUCACAGCUCAUUGUACAUCUCAGAAUUCAUACAGGAGAGAGACCUUAUGAGUGCACUAAAUGUGAAAGAGCCUUCAGUGCCAAGUCAAAUCUUAAUGCCCAUCAGAGAGUCCAUACAGGAGAAAAACCCUAUGCAUGCAAUGAAUGUGGGAAAGUCUUCUCUUUCAGGUCACAGCUGAUUGUUCAUCAGGAGGUUCACACAGGAGGGAAACCCUAUGGUUGCAGUGAGUGUGGGAAAGCCUACAGUUGGAAGUCACAGCUUAUUCUACACCAGAGAAGUCAUACAGGAGUGAAACCCUAUGAAUGUAGUGAAUGUGGGAAAGCCUUUAGUUUGAAGUCACCAUUUGUUGUACACCAAAGAACUCAUACAGGAGUGAAACCCCAUAAAUGCAACGAAUGUGGGAAAGCCUUUAGGAGUAAGUCAUACCUGCUUGUACACAUCAGAAUGCAUACAGGAGAGAAACCUUAUCAUUGCAGUGAUUGUGGGAAAGCCUUCAAUAUGAAGACACAACUUGUCGUACAUCAGGGAAUUCACACAGGAAAUAAUCCGUAUGAAUGCAGUGAAUGUGGGAAAGCUUUUGGUAGGAGGGAACAGCUCACUGCACAUCUGAGAGCUCAUGCGGGAGAGAAGCCCUAUGGAUGCAGUGAAUGUGGGAAAGCUUUCAGUAGCAAGUCAUACCUCGUUAUACAUAGGAGAACGCACACAGGUGAGAGACCGUACGAAUGUAGUUUCUGUGAGAGAGCCUUUUGUGGGAAGUCACAGCUCAUUAUACAUCAGAGAACUCACUCAACAGCAAAGCCGUAUGAAUGCAAUGAAUGUGAAAAAGCCUAUCCUCGGAAGGCAUCACUUCAGAUACACCAGAAAACUCAUUCAGGAGAGAAACCUUUUAAAUGCAGUGAAUGUGGAAAAGCCUUCACUCAGAAGUCAUCCCUCAGUGAACAUCAGAGAGUUCAUACGGGAGAGAAACCAUGGAAAUGCUCUGAAUGUGGGAAAUCCUUCUCAUUUAAGUCACAGUUUGUUACACAUCACAGAACUCAUACAGGAGAGAAACCCUAUGAUUGUAGCCAAUGUGGGAAAGCCUUCUCCCAAAAAUCACAGCUCACAUCCCAUCAGAGGACACAUACAGGAGAGAAACCCUAUGAAUGUGGUGAAUGUGGAAAAGCCUUCUCCCGGAAGUCACAUCUCAUAUCACACUGGAGGACACACACAGGAGAAAAACCCUAUGAAUGCAGUGAAUGUGGGAGAGCCUUCAGUGAAAAGUCAAAUCUCAUUAAUCAUCAAAGGAUUCAUACAGGAGAGAAACCUUUUGAAUGCAGGGAAUGUGGGAAAGCUUUCAGCAGGAAAUCACAACUCAUUACACAUCAGAGGACUCACACGGGGACGAAACCGUAUGGUUGUGGUGAUUGUAGAAAAGCCUUCUUUGAGAAGUCAGAGCUCAUUAGACAUCAGACAAUUCAUACUGGAGAGAAACCCUAUGAAUGCAGUGAAUGUAGAAAAGCAUUCAGGGAAAGGUCAAGUCUUAUUAAUCAUCAGAGAACCCAUACAGGAGAGAAACCCCACGGAUGCAUUCAAUGUGGGAAAGCCUUCUCUCAGAAGUCACAUCUUAUAUCACAUCAGAUGACACACACAGGAGAGAAACCCUUUGUAUGCAGUAAAUGUGGGAAGGCUUUCAGCAGGAAAUCUCAGCUCGUGAGACACCAGAGAACUCAUACAGGAGAAAAACCUUACGAGUGCAGUGAGUGUGGUAAAGCUUUCAGUGAAAAAUUAAGUCUCACGAAUCAUCAGAGAAUUCAUACAGGAGAAAAACCUUAUGUAUGCAGUGAAUGUGGGAAGGCCUUUUGUCAGAAGUCACACCUCAUAUCCCAUCAGAGGACACAUACAGGAGAAAAACCCUAUGAAUGUGGUGAAUGUGGAAAAGCUUUUGGUGAGAAGUCAAGUCUUGCCACUCAUCAGAGAACUCACACAGGAGAAAAACCCUAUGAAUGCAGUGACUGUGAAAAAGCUUUCUCCCAGAAGUCACAGCUCAAUACUCACCAGAGAAUUCACACAGGUGAGAAGCCCUAUGAGUGCAGCUUUUGUAGGAAAGCUUUCUUUGAGAAAUCAGAGCUAAUUAGACAUCAGAGAACUCACACAGGAGAAAAACCCUAUGAGUGCAGUGAAUGUAAAAAAGCCUUCAGGGAGAAGUCAAGCCUCAUUAAUCAUCAGAGAAUACAUACAGGGGAGAAACCUUUUGAAUGCCAUGAAUGUGGCAAAGCCUUUUCUCGUAAGUCACACCUCAUACCACAUCAGAGGACCCAUACAGGUGAGAAACCCUAUGGGUGUGGUGUAUGUAGGAAGGCCUUCUCUCAGAAGUCACAGCUCGUUAAUCAUCAGAGAAUUCAUACAGGAGAGAAACCUUAUCAAUGCAGUGAGUGCCCAAAAGCCUUCUCUCAGAAGUCACAGCUCAUUAAUCAUCAGAGAACUCAUACAAAAAAGAAAUCUUAGAAAUAUACCUAGUAUGAGUUUUUGAUGGAGAUCAUACGUCAUUGUACUGCAGAAGGUGCAUUAUGGUAAAAUUUUCAGAUAAUAGUCACGCCAGUCAGAAAACUCCUUUAGGGUAGCAGCUCCGUUAACGAGGUUAUGUGGGUUUCAGCAGCUGAGCAUACUUAUCAGAACUCAGAGCAGAAUGAGCCUAUGAAUUCACUGAAUUUCAAAAACCUUUCAAACCACAGUCAAAGCUCAUAUAAAGGAAGAUUUCACUGUGACGAGAAAGCCUGUGAAUCCUGUUAAUAUUAGUAGCCUUUCAGAGGUCAAAUCUUACUAGCUGUUGGGAAUAUUUCCAUGAAUAUAAACUCUAGUGCACGAGUGAGGGAAUACCUCAUAAAUGCAGCAAGUGAGGCAAGAUCUUCAAUUAAUGACAGCUCAUUGUACACCAAAAAAUGCCCACAGGAUGAGAUAACAUGAAAAUACUAAAUACGGGACUGUCUUUAGCAAGUAAUCCAGCUAUAGUGCAUAUUGGGGAAUUCAUAUUGUGGAGAAGACUAACAGUUUAAAGACAUUGGGAACAUGUUCACCUAGAGAUAAUGCUGCAAGGGAUGCCCUGCAGUUUUGUUGACGUGGGCACCAAAAAUACCCAAUUCUAAAUGGCUGACAGGUGUCCAGUCUGAAGUGUGAAGCUUUUAAAAUACCUGAAUAAACUGCAUCAUUGAAAUAUCUGAAUAAGAAAUUUCUUAGUGAUAUUUAUGGCUUAUUUUCCUGUGUCACAUGUUUUGUAUUUUAGAAUUGCAUAUGAUAACGUAAUUGGGAGCAGUUGCCCUGUAGUGCCUCUGAUGUCUGUCAAGACACACUAUGUGCCACUGAUUUAUUGUUUUUUAUAAGAGUGGUAGUUGAUAUAACAGGGCUUACUGCUAAAUAAAGGAGCCCUGGUGGCACAACGAUUAGGCGCUUGGCUGCUAACCAGAACUUUGGCAGUUUGGACCCACCCAGCAGCUCUUCAGGAGAAAGACCUGGCAAUCUGCUCCUGUAAAGAUUACAGCCUACAAAAGCCUAUGGAGCAGUUCUGCUCUGCCACAUGGGGUCACUAUGAGUCAAAACCAUCUUGAUGUCACCUAACAACAACAUUUCUAAAUAAGUAGCCUAAGUAAAAAUAUGGCGCAUAUGUAAUGGAUCUUGUGUUACUGGAGUGUCUGGGUGGUGCAAACAUUUAAAAUGCUUGGCUGCUAAACCAAAAGUUGGAGGUUCAAGUCCACCGAGAAGCUCCUUGGAAGAGAGGUGUGGUGAUCUACUUCUGAAAAAUCAGCCAUUUAAAACUUUGUGGAGCACAGAUAUUCUUUGACACACACGGUUACCAUGAGUCAGAUCAACUCAACAGCAACAAGUUUUUUUUUGUGUAUUUCUCUUUUUUUAUUGUUACGGUUCUUUCUCUUCAGUAAUAAAAGCCAGCACAAUAUAGUCUUGUACAAUCUCAGAGUCUGAGAAAUCGUUUAUAUACAACACUGUUAAUAAACAUGCAAAUGCAAGAACCACAGAAUACCAGUACUUAUACAUGAUACAGAAUAAGCACAAGAUGAUAAAAUGAUAGAAAAUAGUGCUGUGCAACAUCUUUUUCUCUUUUAGUUAGACACCUUCAUACAUUCAAGUAUGUAUAUCAAAUGCUGUGUAACCCAAGUACAACUGUGUGUUAAUUUAGUAUGAUGAAACAUCAUGAAUACUGUGUGCUGCUAUUAUGUUCUUAGUGUUUCGUAAGAUAGUUUGUAAAAAAAAAAUAGUUGGAGAAACCCACUUAAGAGUCACUGUUCAGAAAAUGUAAAACAAAGAAUUUUGCUGUGAGAACUAUAUUUUUGACAUAUUCAAGGAAGCCUAUUUUGCCUUCCUGCAAAUUUAAGUAUGCUUUUCAUUGAAAAUGCACAAACCAUUUCUUAAGUUAAAUUUUUUUAGUGUUUGUUUUAUAAUGUUGCUUGACAAAGUCAAAAGUAUUUUUUUAUAUGGUGAUGAAAUUCAGAAAAGUUCAACAUGAAGCUUGAUUUUAAACUUAGAAAAAUCAAGCUCUUCCUGUAGUGCACAAACUGUUACAUGAGUAUGGUCUAUUACACCUUGGAUUCUGUCAGUAUUUUUUCCUUUAAUUCAGCAACAUUGUUGAAAGCUUGGUAUUUUAAAUGAGAGUAGUUUUCUGAACCAGCAUACCAGGAUUUUAUAGCCAAUUAAUCCUGUUUAUCCAUAUGAUAAUUUUUAAAGGAUCCAAUUUUUUAUUUAUACUCCAAAUUAUGAUUUUCCUGUUUUUCCCCCUAAUAUCUGAAAGUCCUUUUACCAGAUGGGGGAACCAGACUUUUGUAAAUGACCAGAUAGUUACAGGGCAGUAUUCUCUGUCCUACUUUGUGUUUUUUAUUUUUUCCCAUUUUUUUGUUACAUCAUGAAUCUUUCUUAAUUCCAGAGAUUGACGCUUUCAAUCUUGGAUAAAGCUCAGGAAUCUAUGUUUAAAAUUUUCUGAUUUUCUUCACUCCAACGCUAGAUUAUUCCAUUAACUAUUAAGCAGUUAAACCUAUUCCUUCCUUCACUGGAUAAUGGAAAUUUGGCAUUAGCCUGUAGACACCCAAGAGCAAAAAAUUCUUUCUUUGCUGGGCAGUUGUUAGUCAUAAAGAGGGGUGAUGUUGACCGUGUAGAAUUCUAACAGAUCAGAGUAUGAUCUGAUCUGAGGAGCCAGAUGAUUCUUGUAGAACUCACUGGUAGCUCUCCAUCAUUGUAAAGUGUCACAAGAGGACUCUGAUUCUGAAAUCAGAGAUACUUUUAAUAAUUUUUAUUGUGCUUUAAGUGAAAGUUAGACAUUCUUAAUGUUAGUUUUUUGAAAUUACUUUGGCAAACCACAAAAACACGUCCCCACAUUGAUUCCUAUGACAAACUCCCCAUCAAGAAGAAAGCCAUUUUUUUUUAUUACAGUGAAAAUAUGCACACUAAACAUCAGCGAAUACAACUUCUACAUUUACAAAUCAACGCCAUUGAUUACAUUUUUCCUGUUGUACCACAUUAUUGCUAUCCUCAUCCAAAACAGUCCACCAUGGUUAAAAUAAACUAAGUGCUCCCCAAACAACUCCGCCUUUCCUCCUACCUCCCACUCCUGGUAAGUAUUAAUAAGCAUUGCUUUGUGUAUAUUUGCUUUUCUCGCACAAGUGAGAUAAUACGGUAUUUGUUGUUUUGGAGCUGACAUAUUUUGCUCAACAGAAUGUUUUAAAGGUUCAUCCAUGUUGUGGUAUGCACCAGAACUUCAUUUGUGUUUACAGCUGCGUAAUAUCCCAUUGUUGCAUGUAUACACCACAUUUUAUUUAUCUGUGCAUCUAUUGAUGGACAUUUUGGUUUUUUUUCCACCUUUUGGUUAUUGUGAAAAAUGCUGCAAUGAACAUUGGUGUACAGGUUUCUUUUUGUGUUCCUGCCUUCACUUCUAGGUAUAUACCUAGGGUUGGGAUUGCUAGGUCAUAUGGUAGUUGUACGUUCAACCGUUUGAGGAACCACAAAAGUGUUUUCCACAGUAGCUGCACCGUUUUACAUUCCCACCAGCAAUGGAUGAGGGUUCCGGUUUCUCCACAGCCUCACUAACACUUUUGUUUUUUCUUGAGGUAAUAUCUCAAUCUGAUUUUGAUAUGUCCCUAAUGGCUAUGAGUCCGAGUUGACAGCAACAGGGUUUUGUUUUGUUUUUUAAUGGCUAAUGAUGUUGAGCAUCUUUUCUUGUUAGUCAUUUGAAUAUCCACUUCGGUGAACUGUCAAGUCCUUUGCCCACGUUUUGAUUGGGUUCUCUUUUUAAGUUGUAGAAGUUUUAUAUGCAUUUUUUUAUAUGAGGACUUUAUCCAUCGUUCCCAAAAAAUUGGAAAAUGAGUGUUAAUUGUUCCCUAUAUUUUGGUUUCAAGAUCACUUAUAGAACCCUGAAAUGAAACGGACCCAAAGAAUACCACAUUUAUCUAACAGUACCUUUAUUAAAUAGAAUAUAGAUCAAUAGGCAUUACUUUGAGAUCUGUUUUUUUUUUUUUUAUUCUAGCAAUAUAAAUCUAGAUUGUCAAUUUCAGUGGGUUUGUUAUUCUACAAAUAUGGUACCAACAAGCUUUCAGAUGUCCAACACCUAGAACAGGCCUAAGUGCAAAUAAACUAAUCCAUGACACUUGUAGCUGCAUGCAUAUUUUUUUGUGCCUUCGUUCUUCCAUUUUUGUCCAUUUUUCCACACUUGUACAUAAUGGUUGUUUUUAAAGUUAAAUUCUGAGUAUAUACUCCUCUGUUGAAAUAUUGUGUGGCUCAUUGUGGACUUAUGAAGGUGUAAUAUUCUCAUUAUGGUAUGCAAGGACUUUUAUGCAAACCCAUGCCUCUUCACCAUUUUGGAAUGCCUUAUCCUUCCUCUUACACAAUAUUUUCUGUCCCAGUUGACCUUACAGUUCCUUGAGAUUCCUACAACUUCUCAUGCUUUUGAAAAUCUACUGCAACUGGAAUGUUUCAUUUUUUCCUAAUAAAGCCUAUUCAGCCUGUAUGAAUCUGCACAUGUAUUCCUCAUUCUGAUAAUACAAUCACUGCAUGUGUUACCUUUUCUAUUUGAAAGUUUCUUGAAAGCUGGGACAAUUUGUGUAUAUAACUUUAGCAAACAAAGCUGUAAUAUUUGAAUUUGGGUGCUACCCUGUGGCUCUGUUUUCUACCACGUGCAGAAACGUGGUCUGUAAUAAGAGAGAAGAAUGAAACCAUCAUGGAAGCAGAGUCAAGAAACUGUACUGAUUUCUAGAUUCAUCUUCACCCUCUUCAUGCCUUGAUUGUUUAAUUUUUCUGUGAGAUACCCCAAAUGUCCCAAUAAAUUCCCAUUUUUGCUUCA